AUGACGACGGCGAUGAUGACGGUGGUGGUCAGCAAGCUACCCGGCAUCGAGUACAUCGAAGAGAACGGUGUGGUACGCACCCAGGCUGUUGGCUCAUGGGGUAUCGACCGUAUCGAUGCUCGCACCGGACUUGACCAGACCUACUCACCAGCAUUGACGGGUGCUGGAUACACUGUGUACGUGAUCGAUACAGGGGUCAAUGACCAACAUGUGGAUUUCGGAGGGCGAGCUCAACAGGUUUUCUGUGCUGACAACCUUUAUACCGUGAUAGGUGGUGGAAAUGAGGAUUGCAAUGGACAUGGAACACAUUGCUCUGGAACAGUCGGCUCUAACACAUAUGGGGUCGCAAAAGGUGUCAACAUUGUUGGCGUGAAGGUUCUCGGAUGUUUAGGUUCAGGAUCUAAUGCAGGUGUUAUUCAAGGUAUUGAGUGGGUGAUUAGUAACGCCAGGAGUGGCCGUUCUGUUGCAUCGAUGUCUCUCGGUAGUGGCUAUAACCAAGCCACAAACGAUGCCGUGAAUGCCAUGGUCGAUGCCGGAAUCCAAACCGCCGUAGCUGCGGGCAAUGACAACGCUGACGCCUGUAAUUACUCUCCAGCUAGCGCCGCGAAGGCUACAUCUGUAGGUUCAACCACAUUUGCUGAUGUCCGCUCCAGUUUCUCCAACUACGGAACAUGCGUCGAUAUCUUCGCACCCGGCUCCUCCAUCACAUCCACCUGGAUUGGUGGGACCGAUGCAACCAGAACCAUUAGUGGAACAUCAAUGGCCUGCCCCCAUGUUGCUGGUAGGUCCAACUUUGAAUUGAAAGCCGUUUUCAUUAUAGCCUGA